AUGCCUGAUAUUCAGCCAGCGAUGAAGGAAGGUCACUGCUCUAGGACACUUGACAAGUGGACCAACGACAACAAGAAAAUUGCCUAUAUCACUGCAACGGCGCAUUACACUGUCCUGCUCGUAGUGGUUGUACUCAUCGUGUCCUGCGUCAACGCGGGCUACCAUUACGGAGGCUACGGUGGAGGAGGCUAUGGCGGCGGAGGCUACGGCAUUGGAGGGUACGGCGGGGGCGGAUACGGUCACGGCCAUGGCGGGCACAAAAAAGUCAUCGUCAUUCACAGUCACGGUGGACAUGGCGGAUACGGUGGAUACGGUGGAUACGGUGGUGGUGGUUAUGGUGGUGGAUACGGUGGAGGCUACGGAGGGCACGGCUGGUGGUAG